AUUUGACUGACCGAAAACAAAAGCAGAAAACAAAUAAGAAUACACCUAUAAAUGAAGAUGAUUUAAUUAUGAAACAACAACACACACAAAGCUGAUGGAAAUCCCAAUUGAAAACUGGCUUCACGUUAGUUUCUAUGCUCUUUUAUACAGAGCUUUGUUACUUCUGCUUGUGGAAAUUCACAAGUUCUGUAUUGCAGACUCAUAUAAAAGCUGCUCUGCUUCAGGUACUGCUGCAGUGAAAGGGAAAGCAGAGAAUAGCCACAACUCAUUCGCUUCUCAAGAUGAAGAAGAUUUUCUUUCUUAUUCUGCAAACUGUUCUUCAGUUAGCGGACAGCACUUCACUGAGGGUCAUCCAGCCUAAUGUUGCAGUGGUGGACUCGGACAUGCAGGAGUUGUCCAGCUUUACGGUGCCACUGCAUUGCGGAGAGCAAUAUGAAGGAGAGCAGAUUCACUGGGAGAAGAACGGGAAAAGCAUUUUGGAAACAGGAAACCGCAUCAAUGUUACGAUAAAUGGACUGCUCGGAGGAAACUUCACGUGUCACAGACCAAACAGAGACUUCCUGAAUUACACAAUACUCCUGGUGCAUCCAGUCAAGUUUCAUAAAGCUCUACUUCUUAAACAAUCCAGCAGCAAAGAAUUCGUGUCUUGCUCGGCCAGAAACUAUAAUGGACAAUUUCAUUGCUCCUGGAAAUGGCAUCAUGAACGAACCCACAAAGCCGUGGUAUAUUUCGCUGCCAUCAGAAACUCAUCUGACCUCAACUGCACCCUGGACUCUAAUAUCUCGGAACUGACCUGCAUCGAUAAGGAUUAUUGUCCGUAUUCGGAAGAGCCUUUGAGCAUCAACCUCACGCUGCUCGUCAGAAACAUGUUCAGGCUGGAGGAACAUCACAGGACUUUCUUCAUCCGAGACAUUGUCAAGCCAGAUAAAGUGGGCAUCACCAAGAUCCAGGACAAUGAGUUUGAGUGGCGCCCCCCACAGACCUGGAGUUUCCCCUGCAGUUUCUUUCCUCUUUCCUAUGAGAUCAAAGUAGUUCCAAGAAGUCAUGAUUGCGACUACACAGGGAAUCGUGUUGAACAAAAUGAAACCAACAAGACACAUUACAAGGUGAAUAGCAAAAAGCCGUAUACUUUCUGCAUUCGAGCUCAGGACCCACUAACUAAAGCAGUUUGGAGUGACUGGAGUCAUCAUCAUCAGAAAAAACACCAUCACAUCCUGGAAAAAUAAAAAGUCUCAAAGGAACACUGCACUCAGCUAGAUUAUCAGCCUUCAAUUGCUGAAAGAUGUUCAUAUUUAUUUAUUUAUAUGUGAUAAGUUUUGAGCUCCAAGUGUUUUCAUGCAUUUACUUUCCAGAUCAUUAAAAAUAUUGAAUGUU